AUGAUAUCAGUUCUAACUUCUAAAAUUUAUUCAAUAUGUGUAAAUAUGAUAGCAUUAUUCGGUCUUACGAAUUCUACUGUAAAUUCACUAGUCUCUCAUCCAGAAGCAUAUUUUAUGUUUUUAACCAAUGACAUUUUAUCAUUUAAAGCAUAUUUAUUCCUUUACACGUCGGCAAUAUCCAAACAAACACAUUUUUCUGGUCUACUGAGGUCGAGCGUGGUCACUGGCCUUUUGUUUAUAGGGGAAAUCAGCGCACUAGUUCGCACAGAACCUUCGCGCUUCCUCAUCACAACAGAAAGGUAUGCUAGCUGCCACAGCAAUGAUCCUAAUAUGCAAGCUGUAACUCGUCUCCCAGCAAAUCUUUUCACGGGAUUCAAGGAUAAAUAG